AUGCGACGCCUGUUAAAUGUGCGUAGUCAUGCGUCGCGAAUACUACAUAGACACAUAAUAAAUUAGUUUUUCUGGCGCUCUAGAUGGCUGUUAUUUUCGCCCGCCGUUCCAUUUCGCCUUUCCGUCUUUUCGCUUUUUUACUCUUUCCGUGAGUCACUGUCUGGAUUUCUUUUACGGAGCCAUGGAGCUCCAUCUGAAAGUGCUCAGCAUAGAUAAGGCUUUUAUAGUCGUUGUGCACUGUAUGCCUCUGUGUAGCCGGGUCCUAUGAAUCCUAAAUAGCCAAUAAAAUGUCCGAGGAGCUAUGCCUCCGACCCUGACCACAGCGUUCUCUAUGCCGUGUCUGGAAGAUCCCUACUAGCACUAAAUUCCGAUUCUAGGUUAGAAUCUCGCCAUUCACUCGUUGCUGCAAAUUGAUUGAUUCCCAGUUUCAUAUGGACUCCAGAGAAUAAUCAAGCGAUUGAUUUCAGACAUUGUUCAGCACAGGACAUGGAGUUAAGUCCCUGAUAUAUGACCAGCAACCGUAUAGAGAACAUUGGGGAACUGACUGAGGAGCCGAGCCCCUCGCAACCGUGCCACGCAGCGACAUAAUAUUGGCGAAACACGUGUCCAUGCUUUCAGUUAUUACCUCUGUCGGAAGUACGGUAUGAUACCUUUGCCAUGCAUAUGCAUAUAUUGGCAAAAUAGCAUUGCCGACAAAGACAAGGGAAACUUCAGUGGCCAUUUCUGAACCGCUAGCCGCGACCAGAGGUUGCAAAACCUGGGGUUGAGUAUGACUGGCUGAUGACAGCUAACAAGCCGGGAAUGGCCGUUCCCGUCUCCCUUACCUUUGUCGAUAAUGCUUUUCUGCCUAUAUUACUAGCUGCUGUGCGGCCGUUAACCAGGUUCUAGAUUGGCCCAUAACGCGUGCGGUGAGCUCCCCUCCACUGUUGUUUAUAUACCCGAUAGCAACUAAUCAGACAGCGAACCCAUGGUUCACUGGUUAGAACAUUGGACUGAUACCCAACAGAACAUGGGCUAUAAAACCAAAGGGUUGAGUAUGGCUGACUUAUGACAGCUAGCAAACCAGAAAUUACCAUCCCAGACUGCCUUGCCCUUAUCGGUAAUACUAUCCUACCUACACACUUACGUAGGACCUUGGCGACAAAAAGAGAAUGUUAGUGUCACUCAGAAACCAACAGAGCCCAACCGUUUUGUGCGUCAUUCGUUUAGUAUUUUCCCUCCGUAUAAACGUCAUCCUUCUUUGUGCAUGGUGGACGAACAUUUUCAUAUUUGCACUUAUCGUGUAUUUUUUUCUUUGUCUCAGCUUCUGUAUAUUGCAAAGCCUGGGGCAUGUAGUCCGAGCCACGGUACAUACCAAAUUCAGAAGAAAUUCGCGGGACAGUUGCUCCGUCGCUUUGCUGAUGAUUCUAAAAACAAAGCCGUCUGCCUACCUUCAGAUAGCGGCGUUAUUGAGGUUUACGAUCUGCCUUCGGAACGCUUGUUCGAAGAAGACCCCCAGUUCGGAUACGUUGCUCAGGCUAGCAGAGAAGUCGACUACUCAUUUAUUAGUCCAGAGAGUAAGCAUACACAUCCUCUUUUUACAGUUACAUAGGAGGUGCUUCUGGGGUUUUUGAAUUGGAAGAGAUGGUAAAACUCCUGCGAAAAGAGAAUUUGGAUCAGGUUGUUUGUCUGAAACUUCCACAGACGGCAUGCCUCGGUGACUUCAUGGUUAUUGCAAGCGCAAAAUCAAAAAGGCAUCUCACACAAACUACGGCUGUUAUUCAGAAAUUGGUAAGCAGGCGUAAGUAACCGUUCGUGCUUUUCCCUACUUCCGAUUUUCAUUUGAGAUUGUGAUUUAUUUUUAUUCUCCACUUGCACAGUGGAUUAGUUUUACGUCGUCCUCGCGUGCCUUACCGGCAACUUAUAUGACUCUAUGACCAUCGUAACACUGCCUUUUCCAGCUCUGACCAAGACUCAGUAUCAUUAAAAUCAGGAUGCCGCGUCAUGUCUCCGACUGACUUAAAACCGUUUUAAAUUACUUGUGAAGGACGUAAUUAACUGGACUGGGCCACAGACUCUGGACUCUGCACACAACUCGACCAGGUUAAUUGACACUGCUGCUUGUCCCUUCGUAAUAUUUGCUCAUUUAUCGAAUAGUAUGGACUACCUGAAUAAAAACUUGACGGAUAAUGUGACCCACGGAAGCAACUUAGGUCUCCCUGUUCUAUUUGGUGUAGUUGACGCUUAGAAUGGUCGUCCUUCUCUUAGAGGGAUAAAUAGUGCAUCCGUGGUACCCAUCCUGAAGGUACUAAUACGUCUUACAUCAAAUUUUGGUUUCUAAACAGCACAAGUCUUGCGAAGAUGGAACCAGGUCUCCACAUGCGGACCUCCCUAUUGACUUCUGGCCCAAGCACUGGUCUUACCAAAGUGAGACUUGACUGACCCUCACUACGUCAUUGUUCUUGAAGUCUAUAUAAAGUGGUCACCUAUAACCGUACUCUCCUCUCUAUCGUACGGGAGAAUUGUGUGCCCGUCGGGUUGGAAUGAGAUCCAACGGGUCACAAUUAGAACAAUUUGACUGGCCCAAACCAGCUUAAUAGACGUUAUUCAGAGUCAGGGUCCCGCCCGGUCUUGUAUUUAGUAGGAAUUAUCUCGCGGGAGAUGGAGUCUUUCGUGCUUAAGCAUUGCCAAUUCGAAUGAAUUUAAGUCUCGAUUUAUUUCAGGACUGUGAGGACACUUUUCACCAGCACUCCAAUUUGUUAUCACAGGCAAUAUGCAGACAGUCAUUUUUAAAUGUCCAUCGACUGUUGAAACGGUGGAAGACUUACCUUUAAAUUCAUGGAAGCCUAUCCGGUCUCGAUUAUAUUCAAAAUCCUUACUGGUUACACCCUCUUCCGACCAGCCUCUGUAAAGGAACAGAGGGUUCGAAGGGAGCUAGCGGUCUUCAAGACUGCUCAUGAUGAUCUCCUUCUCAAGACAAGUGCUCAGAUUCCCUUCUCCAUACAAUUUCCAAAAUGAUCUCUUCUUUCAUAGGCCCUGGGUGACUCCUUGUUUUUCCUCGAAGGCGUUUUUUAAGUUGCCAUAAAGUAAUGAUGGCGUCUACUUCCAUCCCGCUACAUACUAGUUCUGAAGAAAUAAAGUAGAGAUGCCCGGCCACUUGUCACUGUUGUUCCCAACUUCAAGCAGUUUCCCUCAAGCCUGCUCUGUCUUUCAUCCCUUACGUAAUUUUCCAUUGGAAGUAUAGUGCAAAUAUUCGUAACUUUGAGUGCAGCAGGUUUAUUCAUAAGCAAGCAACUUUCCAAUAAUGUACCUUCAACAUUUAUUUCUCUUCCUCUUUCAGUGGUACUGAUCGAGUGCAGGCCGUACUAGCUAGGAUAAACGUUACCUGAGUGUGUGGUAUUCCCCUUCAUCAGAGUAAGGGGAAUCUAUGUGCAGUUGAGAGGGUCCUAACCCUUGCCUCAGGAGUUUCUGUCUGUGGCGAAUCCUAUUGUCUUUUCCAUGGUAGAUUACUGUCGGGAAACAAAGCAUUCGUAAGCCCCACACUACCUUCCCUGCGAAUCGUCAUUGACCAGCACUCGGCAGUGGAUCACGCGUGCGAUCCACCGCCUGUUUUAUUCAUUUGUGUAGAUGGGAGCCCUGGUAACUAAUUAACCGAAUAUUCAAGCUCGCAGAAGUAGAUUGCAAAUGUAGCCAUUCGGUCCUAGUAUCUCACCUCCAUGGACCCCUCAUGCCACCUGCUAUCGGUUCAAUCAUGACUCGAUUUGUGACUGGUGGAUCAGGCCUUGUGAACCAGUGACAGGUUGUCGGGUUAAAAAGACUGAGUUGUUUCCACUUUUGGGAUGUUUUGGGUGUGGAUAAUUUGUCUUACUUGUGUAUCCUUGUGCGUUGCUUUCAGUACAAAAUGAAAAAGAAUCCCACGGACCCCCUGCCCGUCUUCGAAGGACUUCAGGAAAGUUCGGACUGGAUAGCAACAGACCUGGGUAAGACACCCCAUUUUUCGCAGACUAAAUCACGAAGUUGUUGCUCGGCACGUUUUACCACAGCUAAAUAACCCUCAUAUUUAGAUACUCUACUUAAGCAACUAUGCAACAAAAAACGCCUUUAACGGCACGUGGCUCAGUGUCCGGCAUCCACAACUGACCUGUCACCGUGGUAUCGCUGUCAGUACGGCGAAGUGUGCUAGAUUUGGCCCUGUCUCCUCCCAUAACUCCUGCAAACAAUUAGACCCUGUACCACUACGACUGUAAUAUAGUCCAUCUCGUCCGUUGCACAAUUGGUGUCCACCGUUGCCAAACGUUUCUGUGCCCAGGCAGUCACCCCUCAGAAGCAGAUGAUGCACUACAAUGCAUAGAAUUGCUCGUUACUGUGGAAAAUAUCCACUUUGUGGUAUGCUCUCCGUCCAUGGAAUUAAUGAAUAUGGCGCCAAGUAUACCUCCUACUGCGCAGGACCAGUUUUCUUGUAAAUAUUAGCAUGCAACGUCUGCUUCGAUAGCUGCAAUACGUUCCGGCCAAAUUCAUAUUUGGGUCAUGGUUGCUCUCCAGACCACUCAUAGCGCCAAUUGUCGGGGCCAACUUGUUUGCGUUUCGCCUCAAACCAAAGGCCUAAUUCGAAAUUUCUGAUUGCAAAUUUGCAGGAAACAUCGUCCUUCAUCUAUUCUCCUCUUCAACCUGUCGCGAAACCUACAGCUUGGAAUCCCUUUGGGGAGCCGGUCCGGAAUUCGAUGAACAAACACAGGGCUUCGAAGCAAUUUCCCAAAAGACAGGUGGCACAGCUUCGGACACCCUAUCACAAACGGACUGGGAGCAGAUUAUUGCUGAAGUCUGCGCCCGAAAGGCUAGCGAAGACUCAAAAACAAAGAAAUGA